AUGUCCAGCCUCGGCCUCCAACCGGGAUCACUUUUGGUCCUCUCCGUCGCCGCCACACAUACCCCUACGGCCCCCGCUCUCCGCCCCGCCCACCUGACCGGUAUCUUCCUCCCCGACGCCCGCUGCAUGCCCGCGAUAGCAUCGAGGACCGUAGUUCCCGUGCCGGCUGCCAAAAUUUAUACCGCGGAAGCCAUGCGCGCCGCCAACGCCGCAACGUGUCCCCGCGCGACGUCGACAACGUGCACAAAGUCCCACACGGCCGUCCCGUCUCGCGUCGCCCAGUCGGAGCCGUAA